AUGAAGAUCUGGACCUCGGAGCUCCUCUUCGACCACCCAGGGGAAACUGUUACAACAGCUGCAAUGCAGAAAUACCCAAACCCUAUGAACCCGAGUGUGGUUGGAGUUGAUGUGCUGGACAGGCAUACAGAUCCCUCUGGAARGCUGCACAGCCACAGACUUCUUAGCACAGAGUGGGGACUGCCUUCCAUCAUGAAGUCUAUUUCCUUUACAAAUAUGGAUUCAGGGGAUGAGAGACUUAUCUACAAACCACAUCUUCAAGACCCAGAAAAGACUAUUUUGACUCAGGAAGCCAUCAUCUCUGUGCAAGGAGUCAGCCUUCGCAGUUACCUGGAAGGACUGAUGGCCACCACGAUAUCUUCUAAUGCUAGUAAAGGCCGAGAAGCAAUGGAAUGGGUAAUGCAUAAAUUAAAGGCUGAGAUUGAAGAGUUGGCGGCUUCAGCAAGAGGAAACAUGAGGACACCCAUGGCGGUGGCGGCAUUUGUAGAAAAAUGA